CGCAGCAGGAGCCAGCAUUUUCUCCCUGAGUUCAGAAAAAAACUUAAACCAACUUCAGGCUGCACCGAGGAAACACCGCGAGGACACGACGCACGAGAACCGGCCAACUUUGUGUCACCUUUACCUUUAGUUUGAUCCAGAACCGCUAGAGAAACUUCCACAAUCAGCCUGUAAGAUGCCGGCCACAGAGAAGGAACUGGCUGAGGACGCUCCGUGGAAGAAGAUCCAGCAGAACACCUUCACCCGAUGGACCAACGAGCACCUGAAGUGCGUCAACAAGCGGAUACAUGACCUGCAGGUGGACCUGGGCGACGGCCUGAGGCUCGUGGCGCUGCUGGAGGUUCUCAGCCAGAAGAAGAUGUACAGAAAGUACCACGCCAGGCCCAAUUUCAGGCAGAUGAAGCUGGAGAAUGUGUCCGUGGCUCUGGAGUUCAUUGAUAAGGAGAACAUCAAGCUGGUCUCCAUAGACUCUAAAGCCAUCGUGGAUGGGAACCUGAAGCUGAUCCUGGGUCUGAUCUGGACUCUGAUUCUCCACUACUCCAUCUCCAUGCCCAUGUGGGAGGGCGAGGAUGAAGAGGAUGCAGAGUCAAAGACACCUAAACAACGUCUGCUGGGAUGGAUCCAGAACAAAGUCCCUGACAUGCCGAUCACCAACUUCAGCCAGGACUGGAAGACUGGGCAAGCACUGGGAGCACUGGUGGACAGCUGUGCUCCAGGUCUGUGUCCAGACUGGGAGACCUGGGAUCAAACCAAACCAAAAGAAAAUGCCACUGAAGCCAUGCAGCUGGCUGACGACUGGCUGGGCAUCCCACAGGUGAUCACUCCCGAAGAGAUUGUUAAUCCCAAUGUGGAUGAACAGUCAGUGAUGACGUACCUGUCUCAGUUCCCUAAAGCCAAACUGAAGCCUGGAGCUCCACUCAAACCCAAACUCAACCCGAAGAAGGCCCGGGCCUACGGACCAGGUAUUGAACCGACAGGAAACAGGGUUUUACGUCCUGCCGUGUUCACAGUGGACACGUUCAGCGCCGGUCAGGGUCAGGUCACCAUCUAUCUGGAUCAUCCAGACGGCACCAGAGAGGAGCUGAAAGCCGAGCCAAAUGAGGGGAAGAAGACGUUCAGUGUCACCUAUGUCCCUCAAGUCAUGGGACCUCACAAAGUGACGGUGCUGUUUGCAGGCCAGGAGAUUCCCAAAAGUCCGUUUGAGGUGAAUGUGGACAAAGCGCUCGGCGACGCCUCAAAGGUCACAGCCAAAGGCCCUGGAAUCGAACCCGUGGGCAACGUCGCCAACAAACCAACCUACUUUGACAUCUACACUGCAGGAGCGGGCACCGGGGACGUGACCGCGAUGAUCAAAGAUCCUGCAGGCCGUCAGAACAGCGUGGAGGUGAUGAUGGAGGAUAAAGGCGACAGCGUGUAUCACUGCACCUACAAACCCACACAGGCCGGGCCGCACACAGUGACCGUCACCUUUGGAGGGGUCGGGAUCCCCAAAAGCCCCUUCUGCGUGGAUGUGGGACCAGCCUGUAUGCCCAGUGCCUGCAGAGCGACAGGUCGAGGUCUCCAGCCGUCAGGACUCAGGGUCAAACAGGUCGGAGACUUCAAGGUGGACACCAAAAACGCCGGCAGUGGAGACCUGAAGGUCAUCGUCAAAGGGCCAAAGGGCAUUGAGGAGCCGGUGAAGCAGAUCAGUAGUCAGGACGGCGUGUACUCCUAUGAGUAUUACCCCAACAGUCCUGGCAAAUACACCGUGACCAUCACCUGGGGGGGUCAGCAGAUCCCUAAGAGCCCGUUUGAAGUGACGGUGGGUCGGGAGGCAGGGCCUCAGCAAAUCAGGGCCUGGGGUCCAGGUCUAGAGGGAGGCGUUGUGGGUAAACCUGCUGCCUUUGUUGUGGAGUCCACCGGCACAGAUGUGGGCGUGCUGGGUUUUGCCAUCGAGGGACCGUCUCAGGCUAAAAUCGAGUGUGAGGAUCAGAACGACGGCUCCUGCGACGUCCGUUAUUGGCCGACAGAACCCGGAGAAUACGCCGUCCAUGUGACCUGUGACGAGGAGGACAUCGAACACAGCCCCUUCAUGGCGCUCGUUGUCCCUGACGACAACGCCAACCAUCCAGACAAGAUUAAAGCUUACGGUCCAGGGCUCGAGAAAACUGGCUGCCUGGUCAACACGCCUGCUGAGUUCACCGUCGACGCUAAGGAUGCUGGGAAAGGACCUCUGAAGAUCGUAGCUCAGGAUGCAGAGGGACUCCCUGUGGAGGUGAAGGUGAGGAGUAAAAGCGACGGCCUCUACUCCUGCUCCUACACACCAAACUCUCCUCUCAAACACACCGUGUCUGUCGCCUGGGGAGGAGUCAGUGUCCCCAACAGCCCCUUCAGGGUGAACGUGGGUAAAGGCAGCCACCCCAAAAUGGUGAAAGUAUUCGGUCCCGGAGUGGAGGCGACCGGACUGAAGGCCAACGAGCCCACACACUUCACCGUGGACUGUUCCGGAGCUGGAGACGGUGAUGUCAGUGUUGGCAUUAAGUGCGACGCCAACAUGGUCGGAGACAAAGAGGCUGACGUGGAUUUCGACAUCAUCCCCAACGCCAAUGACACGUUCACUGUCAAAUACAUCCCUCCCGCUGCUGGAAGGCUCACCGUUAAAGUCCUCUUCACUGACAAGGAAGUCCCUCAGAGUCCGUUUAGCGUCAAAGUCGACCCUUCCCAUGAUGCCUCAAAAGUGAAAGCAGAAGGACCUGGACUGGCCCCCACUGGUAUAGAGAGCGGUAAACCCACUCACUUCACAGUGCUGACUAAAGGAGCAGGGAAAGCACCGCUCGAUGUUUCCUUCUCCUCUCCUGUCAAAGACUUUGACAUCAUCGACAACUAUGACUACUCCCAGACCGUCAAGUACACACCUGCACAACAGGGGGACAUGACCAUCGCAGUGAAGUUUGGGGGAGAUCCCAUCGCAAAGAGUCCCUUCAAGGUCGACAUCGCCGCCCCGCUGGAUCUAAACAAAGUCAAUGUAGACAACAUGGACGGAAGAGUGGAAGUCAACCAGGAGCAGGAGUUCAUGGUGGAUACGAAGGGUGCAGGAGGUCAGGGACAACUGGAGGUGGCAGUGCUCAGUCCCAGUCAGCGGGCCGUGCCCUGUAAGGUGGAGCCCAAGCCAGGUAAAGCCGGGGUCAGUAGGGUCCGCUACACCCCAACAGAAGAGGGGGUCCACUCUGUCAAUGUGUCCUACGAUGGACACCCCGUCCCAGGGAGCCCCUUCCCUGUGGAGGCCCAGCUUCCUCCAGAUCCGAGCAAGGUGAAGGCGUUCGGUCCGGGAUUAAAAGGAGGUCUGGUGGGAAACCCUGCAGAGUUCACCAUCGACACCAAAGGCGCCGGUACCGGAGGUCUGGGUCUGACUGUGGAGGGGCCGACAGAGGCGAAGAUCGAGUGUUCAGACAACGGAGACGGCACCUGCUCUGUCUCCUACCUGCCCACAGAGCCUGGAGACUACCUGGUUAACAUCCUGUUUGAGGAGGUCCACAUCCCAGGAUCGCCAUUCAAAGCUGACAUCCAGAUGCCGUUUGAUCCUUCUAAGGUGGUGGCCUCGGGGUCGGGACUGAAGAGAGCGAAGGUUGGAGAAACCAGUGUGGUGAAUGUGGACUGUUCCCGAGCCGGACCAGGAGAGCUCAGCCUGGAGGCGGCACUUGAUACGCCACCAACCAGUCCCACUGGCUCUGCACCACGAUCAGGUGCUAAAGCAAAGACUGAGGUGGUGGACAACAAAGACGGGACCUUCACGGUGACCUAUGUCCCUCUGAGCUCCGGCAUGUACACUCUGAUGCUGAAGUACGGAGGAAAGGCCGUACCUGGGUUCCCCGCUAAAGUCAUGGCUGAUCCUGCCGUCGACACCUCCAAGGUCAAAGUGUUUGGACCUGGAGUGGAGGGAAAAGGUGUUUUCAGAGAAGCCACCACAGCGUUCACUGUAGAUGCCAGUCCUCUGACCCGUCGUGGAGGAGACCAUUUAAAGGCGGAGGUCAAGAACCCGUCCGGAGCGCUGACGGAUUGUGAGAUCACUGAUAAUGGAGAUGGGACCUACGGUGUCGAGUACACGCCUUUUGAGAACGGAGCCCACAGCAUCCAGGUUCUGUAUGACGGCACUCCAGUUCCGAAGAGCCCGUUCAGGGUUUCUGUGUCAGAGGGAUGUGACCCCAGCAGGGUGGUAGCUACAGGCCCCGGACUCCAGCAAGCUCUGACUGAAAAACCAAACAACUUUAACAUCAUCACAAGGGGUGCAGGUAUCGGUGGUCUGGGCAUCACAGUGGAGGGUCCCUCCGAGUCAAAAAUGUCCUGCAAAGACAACAAAGAUGGCAGCUGUAGCGUGGAGUACGUCCCUUUCACGCCUGGCCUCUACGACGUCAACAUCACCUACGGGGGCGAGCACAUCCCAGGAAGUCCAUUCAAGGUCCCAGUGACGGACGUGGUCGAUCCCAGUAAGGUCAAGGUGUCCGGUCCAGGUGUGGGGUCAAGUGUGAGGGCUAAUAUCCCACAAUCCUUCACUGUGGACUGCAAGAAGGCUGGCGUGGCUCCGUUGGCUGUGGCCGUCACCGCUCCUAAAGGCGUCUCAGAACCCGUGGAGGUGACGGACAACGGGGACGGGACCCACUCUGUGUCCUACACGCCGUCUCUGGAAGGGCCGUACUCUGUGGCCGUCAAGUAUGGAGAGGAGAACGUCCCACGCAGUCCCUUCAAGUUUCGGGUUCUACCGACUCACGAUGCCAGCAAAGUGAAGGCCAGCGGUCCCGGUCUUACCACCGGAGUCCCGGCUAGCUUCCCCGUUGAGUUCAAUAUCGACGCCAAGGACGCCGGCCAGGGCCAACUGAGCGUGCUCAUUACUGACCCGGACGGUAACCAGAAGCAGGCCACUAUCCACGACAACGGCGACGGUACAUACCGGGUGUCUUACAUCCCAGACCGCACUGGCAGGUACACCAUUGUGAUCAAGUAUGGCGGUGAUGAGAUCCCAGCUUCGCCCUACAGAGUCCGAGCAACGGCAUCUGGAGACGCCAGCAAAUGCACCGUCACUGGUCCUGGAGUGGGUCCCACGGUGGCCAUCGGCGCAGAGCUGGGUCUGGUUGUGAAUGCUAAGGGUGCUGGGAAAGGAAAGGUGAGCUGUGUUGUUGUUCAGCCUGACGGCAGCGAGGUGGAGGCUGAGGUGAUGGAGAACGAGGACGGCACCUUUGACAUCUUCUACACCGCUCCGGCUCCUGGGAACUACGUCAUCUACGUGCGCUUCGGAGGAGAAAACAUCCCACGCAGCCCCUUCAAAGUCAUGGCCACUGAUGAGGUACCCAUGAUUCAAGAGCAGACUCUCCAGCAGCAGGCCGCCCCGCCUGGAGCUGGCUUCCAGCCCUGGGUGACGUCAGAGCCAAUCAGGGGCAGCGUGAACGGCAGCGGCUUCAGACCGUUUGACAUGGUGAUCCCGUUCUCCUUCAGAAAGGGGGAGAUCACAGGUGAGGUGUUGAUGCCUUCAGGUAAAUCUGCUCAGCCGCUGAUCACAGACAACUUGGACGGGACGGUCACGGUGCAGUACUCGCCCACUGAGGCCGGCCUUCAUGAGAUGCACAUCAAAUACAACGGCACGCACAUCCCAGAGUCUCCUCUUCAGUUCUACGUCAAUCAUGCCAGCAGUGCCAAUGUCACGGCCUACGGUCCUGGUCUGAGCUAUGGCGUUGCCAACAAGACCGCCACAUUCACCGUCUUCACAGACGACGCCUCUGAAGGCGGUCUAGACUUGGCGAUUGAGGGACCAUCCAAAGCAGAGAUCAGCUGUGUGGACAAUAAAGACGGGACGUGCAGCGUCAGCUACCUGCCCACUCUGCCCGGAGACUACAACAUCCUGGUCAAAUACAACGACGAGCACAUCGCAGGAAGCCCGUUCACCGCCAAGAUCACCGAUGAUAACCAGCGUCGCUCUCAGAUCAAACUGGGCUCGGCUGCAGAUUUCUCUCUGGACAUCAACGAGACCGACCUGAGCCUGCUGACCGCCAGCAUCAAGGCGCCGUCCGGCCGUGACGAGCCCUGCCUGCUGAAGAGGAUGGCCAACAACCACAUCGGCAUUUCCUUCAUCCCUCGGGAGGUGGGAGAACACAUUGUCAGCAUCUUAAAGAACGGCCGUCACGUCGCCAACAGUCCCAUCCCCAUCAUGGUCAUCCAGUCUGAGAUCGGAGACGCCAGCCAAGUCAAAGUCCACGGGGACGGCCUGGCCCAGGGGACGACCUUCACUGAUGCCAGCUUCGUGGUCGACACACGGGAGGCCGGUUAUGGCGGUCUGGCUCUGGCCAUUGAGGGCCCCAGUAAAGUUGACAUCCAGACAGAGGACAUCGAGGAUGGGACAUGUGGAGUCACAUACUGUCCAACUGAACCUGGAAACUACAUCAUCUCGAUCCGCUUUGCAGAGGAACAUGUCCCAGGAAGUCCGUUCACCGUGCGGGUGACAGGAGAAGGUCGCAUUCGAGAGAGCAUCACCCGAAGACAGAGAGCAGCUUCUGUUGCCAGCGUGGGGAGUGUUUGUGACCUCAGUCUGAAGAUACCAGCCAUCGACAUGAAGGAUGUCACCGCUGAGGUCACCUCCCCCUCUGGAGCCACACAGUCUGCCGAGCUGGUUGCCAUGGGUAAAGACACCUACUGCGUGCGCUUUGUACCGACAGAGAUGGGCGUGCACAGAGUGAGCGUGAGGUACAGGGGCGUGCAUGUGCCCGGCAGUCCCUUCCAGUUUACGGUGGGACCUCUUGGAGAGGGCGGGGCUGCAAAGGUGAGAGCAGGAGGGCCAGGACUGGAGGGAGCGCUGGCAGGAGAACCAGCUGAAUUCAGUAUCUGGACCAGGGAAGCCGGCGCCGGUGGAUUAGCCAUCGCCGUAGAGGGACCAAGCAGGGCAGAGAUCUCCUUCGACGACCGCAAAGAUGGAUCCUGUGGGGUUUCUUACAUCACCCAGGAGCCUGGUGAUUACGAGAUUUCAGUCAAGUUCAACGACCAGCACGUGCCUGACAGCCCCUACCUGGUUCCCGUGGUUGCUCCGGCGAACGACGCUCGCCGCCUCACUGUUACCGGUCUUCAGGAGUCUGGUCUGAAGGUGAAUCACCCAGCAUCCUUUGCAGUGCGUCUGAACGGAGCACAGGGAAAGAUGACGGCCAAAGUCCACAGCCCCUCUGGAGCUCUGGAGGAGUGCGCCGUCACCGAGCUGGAAAAAGACAAAUACGCCGUGCGCUUCAUCCCCAGAGAGAACGGUAUCCACACCAUCGAUGUCAAGUUUAACGGCUCCCACAUACCAGGAAGUCCCUUCCAGGUCCGAGUCGGGGAACCAGGCCAGACUGGAGAGCCUGGUCUGGUGUCAGCAUAUGGAGCUGGACUGGAAAGAGGCACAACAGGUACUCAGUCAGAGUUCAUCAUUAACAACACUAAAGCAGGCCCCGGGGCCCUGGGCGUAACCAUCGAGGGUCCGUCCAAAGUGAAGAUGGACUGUCAGGAGAUCCCAGAGGGCUACAAGGUGCAGUACACGCCCAUGGCACCUGGAAACUACCAGAUCAGCAUCAAAUAUGGAGGGCCCAACCACAUCAGUGGCAGUCCCUUUAAGGCCACAGUCACAGGUCCUCGUCUGGUCAAUGUGACCAACGCCAGCGAAACUUCGACACUAACGGUUGAUCCGGCUUUAAGGGCAUCCAGCAGCAGCUUCACUCAGUGUGCCAUGCCACGGCCAGGCGAGUCUGACGCCAGCAAGGUCCAGAGCCGAGGCCCCGGACUCAGCAAGGCCUUUGUGGGCCAGAGGAGCAGCUUCUCUGUCGACUGCAGCAAGGCGGGUAAGAACAUGCUCCUGGUGGGCGUCCACGGCCCUCAGGUCCCCUGCGAGGAGGUCCUGGUCAAACACCUGGGUAACCUGCAGUACAACGUUAGCUACAUCCUGAAGGAGCGAGGAAACUACAUCCUGGUGGUAAAGUGGGGCGAGGACCACAUCCCAGGCUCCCCUUUCCACGUCACCGUCCCAUGAUGCACCGGCUGGCACUCCUCUUGCUUCAUUUUGAAUCCCUGUUUGAGAGGACAAAUGAGCAGCGCUGCAAAGGACUGUCCCAAUAACACUUGCUUCAUAACGCUUUCCGUGCUAAUGCUUUCAAAUCAGAAUGCUGGACUUUGACGAGUAGCACAGCCUUUCAAACGGCCCUUUAAAAACAGUCGAGACAAAACGACCACAGCUGAGAAUGUAUUACGUUAGAUAAACGCAGUGAAUCAGGGAGGGGAGGUGGACGGAGUGGUGCAUGAGAUCAUUUGGUCUAAAGAUGUCAUUUUCACCCCAUAUUUUCCAAUGGCAUAUUUUGCACUUGACGAUAGUUUCAAAAAAAUAAGUAAAUAAAUAAAGAUUGCUGGGUUUGCAUGAGUUAUAAAAACGAUGGUUUGGAUUUGGUGGAGCUAAACCUUUCAGUGCUCACAUUUUAAAAAUAACCAGAAUUACGAGGCACUUUUGAGGCUCAUAUUUUAAAAGUAAGGGGGACAUUUUCCUGGAUUUUUACGGUGUUUGGGUGUGAAAAGGCAGCCAAAGGACCAGCUGAGUUCUUGGGUUGUCUUUCAAAGGGAACCAGCCAAAAUAAAGACCAAAUCUGUGCAGCUCUUCAAAGAUUCACAGCGUUGUCAAACAUCUCAUCAUGACGGGAAAACUGGACGUCUUUGUGUGCCCAUUGUUUGAUGUUUUAGGAUGAUGACUGGUUCAGAUUAGCUGAAACAGGAAGUGUCUAACUGUACACAACUACUGAUGUGUGUUAUUGAUUUUUGCUCUUGAAUGUUGCUUCCCAGGAUCUCAUUAAAGUUCAUGAUGUUGCCAAAAUAAGUCAGUGACUGUUAAAGCUGCCUUCACACUACUGAAUCCUGCACUGUACAACAGACUACUCAGAGUGGUGGGUUCAAUGCUGUUUCCUGUUGUCCUUCCAGCUGUGUUUUCACAUGAAUAGAUCUGACCUUUAACCCUUUGGCUCAUUUUUGAUCCGUUCAAAUUUAACCAAAGUCUUUCAUUCGUCAUUUCUCCACCAGUGAGCCUCUAAAGUAAAACAAUAAAUCUGAUGAAUAUCAGAACUGAGCUGCAGAUUGGAGGUCAGAUUUCUGGUUUGUGUGUAAAUCCUGUAGAAGUCAGGAUGAAUCUGUCUGUCUCUAGCUGUUUCCUAAUCAUUGCAACUUUUGAUACUUAAGGGAUAAGUGGAUUUUUGUAAGGGGAAAUAAAUAAAUUCUCAUUUUGUAUUUGGGAAUGGGUGUUUUAAUGUGACACUAAAACAUGAGAUGAUGUACAUUUGAUAAUUAAAAACAAC